UCACCGCUAGGUUGGCAACACUGUUGCAUGUUGGUGACCUCUCCUCCUCCUCUCCGGCUGACGUGGAGGAAUCAAACACGAAGCAGACGGUCGACGUGAGCACCACAUUCUCGUGUUUUUGCUGGAAAAACUUUGAAGCACCAUGCCCGCUUCUGCAAGCGCGACCAACGUUGGGUCCAAGUCGCCGUCGAUGAAGGCCGGUGCGCAGCCCCGGGCCUCCAGUGGAGGCGGCGGAGUCGUCAAGAGGAAAACCACCACAACAACAUCUGCAAGGACCCGCACUACUGGCACUAACAGCGGUGGAAUGUGGCGUUUCUACACCGAUGACUCUCCUGGAAUCAGAGUUGGCCCCGUUCCCGUGCUGGUGAUGUCUCUGCUCUUCAUUGCUUCCGUCUUUAUGCUGCACAUCUGGGGCAAGUACACCCGCUCGUAAUGAAUCACAACCACGCUCAUGAAAGAAAAACGAAAGAAAAUCAUCAAAACAGAUCAAUCCCUAAAAAUCCCAAAAGAGACUUACUUGGAAGUGAAAGUGAAUUUGUUGAGAGCAGAUGAUUGAUUAUACCUUUUUUGUACCGUAAAAAUAAUAUUGAAAGGGAUGUGCAACCAUUCCAUUGCAUGAUGAACUAAUUCUUGAUUUAAAAAAGUAAAAGCCGUUGUGCUGCUGUUAAUUUUUCUCGUAGUUAGACAUUUUUAAUUUUCUCACAAUCUUCAUGGCUCUAAGUUAUUGUACGAGAAUAUUAUGUUAUUAAUUAUUGUGGUUGAAAUAAAAGACUCAUUUUUUGAGAA